AUGAAGACUGCCUUUACUACUCAUUAUUUAGUGUCAGCACUUGUGGGGUAUUCCGUCGUAGCUGCUCAAGCAGGCGAUCAAAACCCUUCGAUUCCAGAGAUCUACGACCAUUUGAACGGGGAACGUAUCGUUGGUGGUGUUCCGGUGGAUAUUCGCAAUUUUCCUUAUCAGGUGUCGCUGCGUCGUGGAAGACACUUUUGCGGUGGAUCCGUUAUUGAUCCUGAGUGGAUACUAACUGCGGCCCAUUGUACCAGAACCAUCAGCGCACGCGGCCUGUGGGUUUACGUCGGUUCCACGCAUGUAAACGAAGGAGGCCGAUCCGUCAAAGUCCGGCGCAUACUUCAUCAUCCGAAGCAAAAUUCUUGGAGUGAUUAUGACUUCUCACUGCUCCAUCUGGACCAACCGUUAAACUUCAGCGAAUCGGUGCAGCCGAUUCGUUUACGUAGACCGUCGGCAGACGAAAGCGACAGGGGACCAUCGGACGGCACCUUGUGUAAAGUUUCCGGCUGGGGAAACACGCACAAUCCGGACGAGUCGGCCCUCGUGCUGCGUGCGGCCAACGUUCCCUUGACCAACCAUCAGCGAUGCGGCGAGGUGUACGAGGGUAUUGGUAGCGUCACGGAAAGCAUGAUAUGUGCCGGGUAUGAUGAAGGGGGCAAGGAUUCCUGCCAGGGCGAUUCCGGAGGUCCGCUCGUGUGUGACGGUCAAUUGACUGGAGUCGUGUCAUGGGGCAAGGGUUGCGCUGAACCGGGAUUUCCGGGAGUUUACGCAAAGGUUUCGGCGGCAUUCGAGUGGAUCGAGCAAACGUUGCAGGUGGAACGUGCGUCCACCGAACCCACCCACCAAGUAGAAGCCUUUUAGUGUCGAAUCAUUUUAAUCUGGGAUUUACUGCGAGAAAAAAGUUGUUAUGGAUUAUGUGCUUGCCCGGAACGCCCGGAACAUACCCA